AUGGGUGAGGUGAAGAAUGGUGAUGAUAAUGGCGAUUAUGGUACUGAUGGUGUUGAUGUUGAUGGUUAUAGUGGGAUGACGGUAAAUGAUGUGUUUGAUAAUCAUGGCAAUCAUAACACUACAAUUGCAUCUGUGACUACAGCUAACCAACUGAUUGACCAGCAGAAUUUAUUGUCAUUGCAAUCAUUCAUCAAUAAUGGAAGUAGAAGAAUCGAUGAAAAUGGAGAAGGAAAACGAGUACUUAAAGAAUGUUCAGGUGAACAGUCGGAUAAAAGAGUCAAUCAAGGUCAAGAAUUGUUCAAGUUGCAAGUCAACGACUUAACUAUUCAAAUGACAUAUCUCUCUCAUCAGGUCACACUUUUAUUGAAUGCCCUUCACGUGCCAUCUUGCCAGUGUCCCAUUUGCAAGCCAUAUUAUCAAACUCAGGUUGAAAUGUUUAAACUGUUAAAAAACGGCAUAACAUCUAAUAAUUGGCCUGCUAGUAGCAAAGCGAUUGAGAAUGAUGGACCUUCCAAUGAAAAACAAGCUGCCGCGUCAGAGGUGCCAAAAGUGACGCUGCCUACAGCAGGAGGAGUACCUGUCGGAAAUAUUCAACCGAUACCAAAUAUCGUACCGGCAGUGAAUGACUAUGAAUCACUAUUAUCACAAAUAUUUACACAAACUGGAGUUCCGGUCGAUGGCGCUCAGGUUGCUGCUGCAGCAGCUACAUCCUUACCAGCUGGUGCUCUUGGUAUUUCUCCAACACGAGUUGAAACAUCACUGCCCAAGCCUUUUGCUGCUAAUCGUUCUAAUAAAGUUCAGAAUACAAAUUGUACCGGACGGCGAUCGAAAUAUUGCUCACCAGAAGAAAAAAAAGUAGUUGCAGAAUAUGCAGAAGCGCAUGGUCCCAGUGCAGCAGCUCGAAAAUUUGGCAUACCAACACCAGUUGCUGCUUAUUAUCAUCGAAAAGAAUACAGACAAAAGCCACUGCCAACUGUUCAUACAGCUCAUCUUUUGUCUCAAACAAAUUCAUCUGGUUCCACAAAUUCGAGUACUGACAUUGAUAGACCAAGUGUUGACUCACUACCUGGAUCACUUUCAUCUGUAAUAAAAUCCUCUAGUCCCAAUGAUAGUACUUUUACAGGAGAACAGCAACUGAAAUUGAAUCCUGCACAUAUCACUGGGAAUCCAGGAUUUUUGCGCGGACGCGGCCGUGGACGUCCUAAAUUAAUUGGUGAUGAACUUGAUGCAGCAUUGGUUGACUACAUGGUUCAGGUAAAACAAAGCGAUCCACGUGGUCAUAUGACUGCGUCGCAGGCUUUGACAAUUGCACGUGCCUAUAUUUUAGAAAAAGCUCCAGGUCUUUUAGAAGAGCAUGGAGGUCAAAUAAAACUAAAGCUUACUUGGGCUAUGAAAUUAGUUGCCAGAAUAACUGAGCGACAAAAAGAAAUUGAAUAUGGUCUACCAGCAGGAACAAUUUCAAACAUGACAAGAACAACAACGAAUGCAAAUGUACCUGGAGGAAAUUUCAUGGCUGAUGUAGUUACUCAAAACUUUUUUAGUCAACAUAUGUCCCAAAUAAUAAGUCAAGCAAUAGCGGAGAACCCUAUAAAUGAACAAAUGAAGCAUAUUAUGUCCCAUUCUCUAGUUGGUACAACAGCACCAUCAGCCACUCCAGAAAUAGUGAACAUCCGUGAGCUAGAAUUACCUAAACCUGAUGAUGGCGAUUUAAAGGGCGAAAUUGUAGAUGCUAUUGUAAAUGAUAAACACGGAUCUAUGGAGGCUGCGGGACAAAUGUUUGAUACGGAUAUUGAGAAUCAAGCGGAUAUUGUUGAAAAUCAGUCAAGUCAGAAAAAAUUGAUGCAACAGCGUUUCAUUUCCUCCAACACAUUUUGA